AUGCAUCCCUGUGGCAAAAAUGAAGAUGCCUAUACCCUGGUCCCACAGGCGCCGGCGAUUGGUGUUCCAGCCCCCAAGCAGAUCGAGUUCCAGGAACCUACUCCCCCUCUGCCGCAGGAGAUGGACACUCAAGGAUGGUCUACCGGACUCUGCAGCUGCUUCGACGACGUAGGCCUCUGUAAGCCCUCCCAUGCCCUCCUCCAGAGCAACGAGAAAGAGGAACCUCAGGGAUGACUAACUGUUCACCUUCAGCGUUUCUGGUGAUCUCUCGCCUUCAGGUUUCUUGACUUGGUGCUGCCCCUGUGUUACCUUCGGCCGCAUCGCCGAGAUCGUCGACCGCGGGUCAACAUGUGAGUUCCUCCUGUUUUAUCUAACCAGAAGCCGGGCUAAGUAGACGACAAACAAUAAAUAUAGUGCAGUAAUCUGCAGUUCAAUCUUAUUUUAAGAGUCCCGUAUUAUUCAACUUAAAUCCCAACCUGUGAGAUAGAAGAAAUUUUUGAAAAUAAAUUCUUGGUUAGUUGUCAUACAAGAAUUUGUGGGAAAGCUGAUCCUCAUAGUCACAGACUUGACUUGUACUGGUUAUAGUCCUAUGAUUGAAGUCGUCGUCUCUCUUUUGCGGCCAACAAAUUGGUCAGCCUGCGGGACGAGUGGGGCGACAUACGCGAUUCUUAGGUACAUGACGGGAUGCAGUUGCCUGCUCGGAUCCUACUACCGGACCAGGCUGAGGAGGGACUACUCCCUGCAGAAGGGGACCUGCCCGAACUUCGUGGUCCACUGCUGUUGCGAGUUGUGCGCCCUCUGCCAGGAGCAUAGGGAACUCAAGAACCGUGGCUUCAACAUGGCGCUUGGUGAGUCCUCCUGGGUUUCUCCCCCUCGUAAUCUAUCCGUGGUUCUCUCCAUCUCACUCUCUCAAUAAAUAUAUAUCUAGAUAAAUGCAUCUUUUUGUUUCUCUCUCCUCUCUCCGUGUUGACAGCGUAGAGUUUCCGUCCGCAGGAUGGCAUGCGAACGUAAAGAUGUCUUCUGAGGGAUUGAUGCAGCCACCACCGGUGGCGGAAAGCAUGCGGCGUUGA